GUGGCGACCUGGCCGCGCGGAGAAAGCAGGCAAAGGUGCGAACGCGGUAUAAAAGCGGCGGCCGACCUUGUCGCAGCAUCAUUCGCUCCGCACCCCGACAAACGCACUCGACAUGAACACUCUGGUGGUGAUCGCCUGCCUGCUGGCCGUCGGCCUGUGCGACUCGAGCGCCGGCAGCUCCUCCAACAGCGGCGGCGACAAGGACAAGCGCGGCGUGGUCGCUCCGGCCGCCGUGGCCGCUCCCGUGGCCUCGUACCAGCCCGCGGCCUACCAGACGGCCGCCUACCAGCCCGUGUACCAGCAGGCCGCCUACCAGCAGGCCGUGGCCGCCCCCGUGGCCUACCAGCAGGCCGUGGCCGCGCCCGUGGCCUACCAGCAGCAGGCCUACCAGACGCACCAGGUGGCCGCCUAUCCCUACCAACAGGCCGCCUACCCCGUGGCCGCCUACCACCACGCGGCCGCCCCCGUGGCCGCCUAUCACGCCGCUCCGGUGGCCGCCUACCACGCGGCCGCCCCCGUGUACCAGCACGCGGCCCCCGCCGCCUACUACCAGCAGCAGGCCGUGGUGGCCGCCGCUCCGGCCGCCUACCAAGCCUACCCGGCGGCCGCCUACUACGGCCACGCUCAGCCGGCGGCCACUUACGCCGUUGCCCAGCAGGCCAGGGCCGUCUACAGCUACGCGGCGCAGCCCCUGCAGGCCAAGCAGCUGGCCGCCCCCGCCGCCGCCUACUACAAGAGCUAGAGAGCGGCCACUGGCCGUUGGCCACGGCUCACCACCCGCUAGUCAUCCAUUGUGAAACCUGCCAAAAUAAAAAGAUUCUUUUUGCAACAA